AUGGCACCAGAGGCACGCAGUCGCCUGCUUGUACAAGACAAGUCGCUCAAUGAGGGAGCUCAGCGGGAGCGCUGGGAGACGUCCAGGAAGCGGCGGGGCCUCAGCCACGAAGGCGCCGCCAAGUUCCUGCUGGACACCUUCGAGUACCUGGACCUGGUGUAUCACACUGGAGGCAGCCACUGCGGCGCGGUCCGCUUCGCCAUCUGGGCCCCUGCAGACCUGCGCGUGGUGGAUUGCAGUCGCCAGCUGUGCAGGAAGCAGCAGCGCUGACACUUACUGGUCCCGGCCUCGCGCUUCAUGCUGUUCCUGGGCACCAAGAGCUUCGUCACCUAUCGCUCCCACUCGCACCCGGCGCCGCACAGCUUCUGCAGCAGGUGCGGGGUGCAGAGCUUCCACGCGUCGGUCUCCGAUGCCGGGGUUUAUGGCGUCGCCCUGCAUUGCCUGGAAAGGGAAUAUUUUUUCCUGCAGGUAAAGCACACGAACACGUGA